GCGGAAGAAGAGACAGGAGAGAGGAGAAGAGCCGCGAAAACACACACACACACACACGACACACACGCACAGGAUGUCAUCGAGGAAGCUGCUGGAGAGCGUCUCAAGAGAGGCGCUGAUCAAGCGGUGCCUUGAUCUGGAACAAGCGCUUCUCCGUAACAAGCUGACGCUGCCGCCGAUUGCCAACGUUGCCCGCAAGUCUGGCAAGAAGUCCAAACCCCAGAAGCCAUUUGACUUUUCCAGGUACAGCAAAAGGAAGAUUGCGCUUAAAGUUGCCUACCUCGGCGAGAAGUACCAUGGGCUUGCAAUCCAAAUCUCCGCACCCGACACGAUUGAGGCCCACCUCUUUGAAGCGCUCGAGAAGUCAAAGCUGGUUGAGGACAUCAAGACUGCCGACUACUCCAGAUGCGGCCGCACAGACAAGGGCGUCAGCGCAUACUGCCAGGUGGUGUCUCUGGUUGUUCGGAGCAACCUGAACGAGUGCCGCGGCUUCAUCUCAAAGCCAUCAGUUGAGCCAGCAAAGAAGAAGGCAAAAGCAACGGUUGACGAGCUCGAUUACACGAAGAUCCUUAACGGGCUCCUCCCGCCCGAAAUCCGCGUCGUCGACUGGGGCGCCGUCGACACAGACUUUAGCGCAAGGUUCAGCUGCAACGCCCGCCACUACAAAUACUUUUUCCAUCGGGCCAACAUGGACACGGCGGCGAUGCAGGCCGCCUGCGAUCAUCUCGUCGGCGAACACGACUUUCGCAACUUCUGCAAGGCCGAUGUGGCUGGCGGCGUGACGAAUUUCGUGCGGACGAUCAAAGAGGCGCGCGUGUGUCCAGCGGAGAUUGGCGACGCAUCCGUGCACAGCUCCGACGGCGACUUUGAUCUGUGGGAAUUCAACAUCAUCGGCCAUGCCUUCCUCUGGCACCAGGUUCGGUGCAUGAUGGCGGUGUUGUUUAUGGUUGGACGCGGCGAUGAGCAGCCCGGGAUGGUCAGACACCUCCUCAACAUCGACGAGUGCACACACAAACCCCAAUACGUGAUGGCCAGCGAGCUCCCGCUGGUGUUGUACGAUUGCAAGUUUGAUGGCAUCGACUGGAGCGGCAACGACGAGCAGCACGCCGCGCGCAUACACACGCACUGGCGCUCCCUCUGGCAGACAAACUCAAUCAGGAAUGCGCUGCUUCGCUGCUUCAUGACGGCUUUUGGGCACACCGGUGUCCGCCAAUACGAGGGCAAGGCGUUCUCGGAAUGUGCGGAUGAGGUGCAGUGGCCAGCGGAUCCAAAGCACCGGCCCCUCAUGCAGCGCCAGCGCGAAGAAUCGAUUGCCGAGCGAAUGGCGAAAGUUGAAGCGAAAAAGCAAAAGGAGGAGGAAGAACAGGGCACGGCUGCCGAUGCUGCCGAUGACGAUGAUGGUGAUGAUGAUGGUGAUGGUGAUGGCGAUCAUGGUGCAGCUGAUAAGACUGCAUGAGACCCGGACCAGCUCUCGCCCCCCCCUCUCCUCUCUCUGAUACAUGUGCACACAUGCACAAGCAUCUGCUCCUGACUCUGUGAUCAGAUGUAUGUACUUGGUCACACACGCGCACAAUUAAUGCUGGUGACAGGCAUGACAACGACGACGACAAUGGUGAUGACGACGAUGAUGGUGGUGGUGAUGGCGGUGGUGACGGUGAUAGGGUGCAGGCAGCUUAGAGUCGUGUGGUUGCAAGUAACGAUAAAGCAAAACCCCC